AUGUCCGACCCCCGACUUAUUGAUAUGGAACCUGGCGGAGAGAGCACUCAAUAUGAGUCCAUCAGGGAAUUCACCAAGACCCCCCCAAAGCAGACCGGACAACUGGGGAGUGGCAUGAAGCACACUAUAAGCGAAGUGAGCCCCGGUCUAGGAACACAUAGCCCAGUACCCAGCAUUGACGAGGAUUUCCAGGCCCAGAAGCUGGGCAUGGGAGCAUUCGCUGACUCUGGUAAAAAAGAUACGAAACGUGACGAGGAUGAUGCCGUGGCCAAGGCCCGCAGACAACAGGGGUAUGGGCCUGGGUCUGGUGUCGGGGCUUAG